AUGGUACCGUUAGACCCUGAAGCUUCAAGACACACAACAUUAGGAUUAUUAACAAAAGCAAAAAGAUUUAUAAAGAGUCUGGAGGAGCGGGAGAAGCGGCACUGGAGCCAUAAGGAGCAGCUGGCGCGCGAGCAGCGCUACUUGCGGCGGCGGCUGGCGCAGCUGCGCGCGACGCCGCGGGACGCGCGCUCGCUGUCGGAGGGCGCGGCGCUGCCUUCCGCCCACGCGCACGCCACCAGGGCCGACUCCUUCUCCUCGCUGGAGUCCUCCUCGGGCGUCUCCACGGCCGAGCGGUCGCCUUCCUCGGUCUCGGAGAGUGAUGAGGUAGACGUGAUCGGCUACACGUCUAACCCCAGCGAUUGCGAGUCGAUGGUCUCCGGCCACAGCGGCGACAGCGGCGUGCCGCGCAGCGGGACGCGCUCCAGGUGGGCGAGCGCGCAGAGGCGGCCUGCACAGCCACUC